AUGGCUGCACGUCCUAUUGCUGGUCGGCCUCAUGUGGCUGGACAAGUGCUGAAAUCGGGCCGUGUCACCAAAGGAAAGACGGAGGGAAACAAAGUUCCAUCAGACCAGAUUGAAGCGGCCAUCACUGACCAAGUCCUGGAGCCAGUGCGUGCUGAACCACCCGCGUGGGCUGAGAAUUGCCAACAGUUGUGCGAUGCAAUUCCUUGGUUCCAUUGCACUCAGGGUGCAAUGUAUCACAGUGAGGGCUUUUGCUGGGGCUUUCUCAUUGAUGCUGACGGUGGUACCCGGACCUGCAUUGACGAAGAAGUCAUCAUAACUCGAAUUGGUGGUUGCUGCACCAAAGACUCAGAGGGAAACCUGGCCCCCCAAAAGAAUCAGGAGGCUGAUAGCACACUCGCCCGAAGCAUCAUUGCUAGCCUGAAGUCAGAGCUUCCUGUUGGUUCAAUUUUUGGGAGCAAGCACAAGAUCCUCAAUGGUGACCUGCCACAUCGGUACAACAUCAUGGCAUGGUUUCGGGUUACCAAUGUUUGGUUUGAAAGAAUUGGCACGAACCAUGGAGCGAAGGUCCGUUUUGAGAAAUUGGAUCUCGCGGAGAACAGCUGGUGGGCAGCAAAGGGCUCUGCUCCUCCAAUGCCCCUCGAACUCAGAGACUUCGACACAAAGCCUCAAAGCCUGAAGUGCGAGGGCUGCUCCAAGGAAAGUAUCCGUGUGUAUGAGGAUGGUUGGAUGUGCCUUCAGCCGGAGUGUGACAGGUUCUGGAAGAUUGGAAACGUUUCCAGUCCUCCUGAGCUAACUUUUAACCCUGCCUUCUUGAGCUUCCGCAGUCGUUCCGACGAUGAAAUUCGGCCUAACUGCAGCCUGGUCCCCGAUCAUCUUUCGACACUGGAUGAGGAUGCCACGGACAUCAGCACAUCUCGUGGGUGGAAGUGCAGCGAUGACUCUACUGGCACUCAGACGGGCGGUAACGUCUGCUCAUUUGAAAGGCUCAUGACAAUGAACCCCAUCUCGCGCCAAGUUCUACUCGAUGAUUCCGAGCAGCCCUCAAUGAGACGAGAAAUGGUGUUCGAUAGGAAAUUCAUGAUCCCGGAGAUCGAUGAUGUUAGCUUGUCUCCCUAUCGCAAGCUAACCUACAAACUUGAUGGAGUCGGCUGUAUCACCCAUUUUGUCGCGGACGCAGAAAUCAACAGCCGACCAAAUGGGCCCGACGACCUGUUUAUCGGUCUUCAGCGUGAAGAUCUUGGUUUAAACCCCUUCCCGCUUUCGAUUCUUACUUUGUUGAUCCGCAUGAAGUCCAAGCUCCUCAAUGGAAAUACUCAACGGGUGGACACCGGCGAUGGCAAAUCUGUCUCUGGGAGUGCUCUGCAAGACAACUCCGUGCUGAAAGGCUGCCGGUUGGAAGAUGAGUGUCGUGUGCUCAAGGAGAAGUGUAAAGCUGGCGAGAUCUCCCAAGAUAAGUAUGACAACUCUCGGCGAACUCUCUUUGCCACCCAGAAGGGAAAGUAA